GCGAGCGAGAGCGAGAGAGGAACCUGUACUGCUCUAUAACACAAGGAGAUAGGAAUUCGCCAGAGAUAAUAAUAAUAAUAUUUCCACACGGUUUUUUUGCAGAGUUGAACCCCGGGUCGAUGUUGUCAGUAGUCACACCGGCACACACAGCGGGUGUCCUCUCUAUCUCUGGCGGAUCUGGACUCUUAUAUAUAUUUGAACGUUCCGAGAGCUGAACCGGUCCCUUUUUUGGAGAGUGUUUGUCAGCGGUGUUGCUAACUGGUGAAGGAUAUGCAGUACGAGAGUUCAUCGUCACAUGAACUGGAAGCUUCCAAUGUGCUUUAAAGACUGAAGAGAAUGGAGAGAAGACAAUAAAAUGAAGAACACGAGUGUGACGGAAUAGUACUCAAAACGUCUUUCCACUGACGCAAUGAUGACCUGGAAGUAAGAAACAGCAAAGAGACUAUAAGCAUGUGUCAAAAUAAAUGAUAAAGCUACAUACAUUGCUUUUUAUGGUGCCUGUGGCAUGUAAAUAGUUUGAACUACUGAUUCAUUGACAGUGCCAGAGGAAGAUGGAUGGAUGGUGUUGCGUCCAGUAACUGGAGAGUGCUAACUGAGCUGCUGUGUAAGCAGCUUGAUCUCUGGAUGAUUGAAGGCAGAUAGCAAUUUAACUGAAGCACGCUACACUUCCCUAGAUGUGCAACAGCAGAUAGCAGUGGUUUUCAGGGUUUUUUGAGCUUGUGAAAGACCAGGUAGUACAGGAUAGUUUGGACUGUACAAUGAAUCCUAGAGACAGUGUGGAGCUGAUGGAGACCCGUGCAGCAGGGAAGGAUAAGCUGGGUGGAGACAAGGUCAACCAUAGUAAUGACAUUGAUGGCGAGGAAGACAAAACCCCCGGGGCUUUUGACUGCAACGUCUGCGGACGGAGCUUCCCGUUCCUCAGCUCUUUGUCACAGCAUAUGAGACGACACACUGGUGCUCGCCCUUACAAAUGCCCCUACUGUGACCACAGGGCCUCUCAGAAGGGCAACCUCAAAGUUCACAUCCGCAGCCACAAACUGGGCACACUCUCCAGCCACCACUCCAAUGAGGAUGAAGAGGGUGGGGCCGAGGAGGAGGAGAUGAGUGUUUCAGAGGGCCUUGAUGGAGGUACGAGUCCAACUAAGAGCAGCUCAGCCUGUAACCGGAUGAUUAAUGGGGAUAAUGGUGAGGAGAGUCGCAGGAAAGUGCCUGGGAGGAGCCUGAAAAGAGAAAAGCCUGUUACUGACCAGAGGCCAUACUGUUGCCGUCUGUGCGGCUAUGAGGCCUAUCGUGAAGAUCAGCUCCUCAGCCAUAUUGAAAAGGUCCACAUAACAGCAGAUGCAGAUGAAGAUACCACUGUUAAGGAAGAGGUUGUGCCCGAACCUGAUGUUGUCCAACCCCAAGUUGAUGGGAGCUUCCCCUGUGAGACCUGUGGCCAGGUCUUUACCCAGGCCUGGUUUCUGAAGUCACACAUGAAAAAACAUGCAGGGAUCCUGGACCACUGCUGUCGCAUUUGUGGACGACGGUUCCGUGAAGCCUGGUUCCUAAAAUCGCACAUGAAAACACACAACACCAAAUCCAGGGCACGGUCAAAAGGGGAAUCUGCUGAGCAACCAGCCACCAUCAAUGACGUAGCUCAGGAUCCCGAAGUUGUCACUAGCCACAUUACAUCCAUCUAUCAAGUGUGUUCCAAAUGUGGGAACCUGUUCCACAACAAAGAGAGCCUGAGGGCCCAUGAAAAAAUCCACAGUGUCAGCUAUGGCAAGAAAUCCCAGAGCCAAGGCCAACUCUGUGAUGAUGAGGACUCACCAGCUGCUAAGAGACGUUUCCUUGACUGCUUAAACCUCCAGCCUGUUGAGAAAAACACUGUGGAUAAAGAGGAGAGUGAAAAGCUAGGUCAAAGAAUCCCAGAGCUUGAUCCAUUUUGCAGCUACCAGGCCUGGCAAUUAGCUACAAAAGGAAGAGUUGUUGAGCCAGUGGACUCAACUUCCAAGGGCUCCUAUGGUGUAGGAAGUAUGGCAGAGGAAGCCCUUGCCGGGGCCGCUGUGGUUUUUGAGAAGGAGAGCAGCCGUUAUGUCCUGCAAGGUCAAGAGAAACGCAGCUCUGGGCGACGCAGCAGCUCUGGUUUUGGAAGCCAUGCUUCUUCAGGGGACCGGUCACCAGAGAGCCUCAGCGAUUCUGAGUACCGGCCUUCGUCUCGCCAGGAACGUCGGCGACCAUCUGCCUCCAAGUCCACCAACGAAUGCUUUGAGUGUGGGAAGGUGUUCCGCAGUCGUCACCAGAUGAUCGUCCACCAGCGGGUACACAGGAAGGACGGAGGAAGGGCAUCUGUGGGCUACAAGGAAAGAACUACAAGAGACGACCGAUGGGGCUCCACCAGUGAUCCCGAGUCAGGCUCUCCAAGCCGGCCCAGCACCCCGGGGUAUGGGGACUCUCCCCCAGCCUCCACCCUCGUGAACCAGGCCUCAGAGAUGGGUACGGCAAAGUCUGGAGAGAUUACAGAUGAGAAGCCUUAUGUCUGCAGCCUUUGCGACUUCGUCAGCAGAGAUCUGCAGGUCUAUUUGACUCAUGUUCGUGUCCAACAUCCCGUUACCCCCGGAGAUAGACCCAGCCCUAUUCCCAGCCCCUGCUCCAGCUCAGGCAGAGGCACCCCAAAUGGUUACCCCAAGCUGAAGAAAGUUCUUCUCCAGGGGUUGAACAACUCUGCAUCUACUCCUGCUUACCUCUCAGCUAGAUCCUCCCCACUCGACCCCAGCAUGACCCCUGUAGAUCUUUGCAUGAGGGCCAAUGGCUGCAGGGGCAUAGCCUCCCUAACCCAGGACAGGAAAGGCCUCCCAAGCCACAAGUGCUCAUUCUGCUCCCACUCCACCCGCUACCCUGAGGUGCUCUGGAUGCAUCAGACUGUGGCUCACCGCAUCAACAGCAGUAGCUCCAAUCUUGCUCCGAAAUGGGCCCUGAAAAAUAGUUCCAAGGGCUCCAGGGACAACUUAUUAUCCCCCAGGAGACGCACUGGUCCCCCACCAAUGCUUGAGGGGAAGGAAUGCCCAUCGCUGCCUCAAAUGAUGCGUGCCCAACGCACCCGGCCACCAACUAACUCUAACGAGGUUCCAAAGAAGAGCAAGCCAGCCAGUCAAGCAGCUAUGCCAUCAUCAUCAUCCUCCUCCACCCCGUCUUCCUCGACCGCCAGAGACUCCUCAUCCACCUCGGGAACCCAAGCAGUGAGAGUCCCAGUCCGGCCUGGCAGCAGCAGCAGCAGCAGCAGCAGCAGCAGCAAAGCCAGCAGUGUCAGACACAUGGAGGACCAGAGUCAUCAGUCUCGCUUUAGACCCAAAGUGGAUAUUUACCCUCGGGGCGGCUCGUCGUCUUCCUCCAGCCCCUUGGAGAAAAGCACCGGUGCCGCCUCACGCUCCUCAGCCCCAAGCCCCAGCGUAGCUUCUGCAUCCCGGAUCUCUGACCGCUAUGUGAUGCCUCAAGAGGGCCUCGGCUUCAUGCUGUCCAGCAAACAUGGCCUGGCAGAGUACAGCCGAGCUAGAGGUUUCCCUCAUCAGUCUCUUCCCAACUCCCACGGCCAAAGCCGGGUUAAAGCUACUAGGCCCAGCACCAUUACCCAUAGCUCCGCUGCAGGGCACAACUACGGAGCCUACCAGGCACAUGGAGGCACUUUGCUGAACUCUUCCUCCACUUCCUCCUCUUCUUUGCCUUCAGAGGCUCGUAUAGAUGUCAAGCAGGAGCCAAUGGCAGAGUCGUCAGAGACGCCAACAGACAUUCUCGGUCUUCUCAAUAACUACAGCCCCCAUGAACUGGCUUCCCUCUACCACCGCUGGGGGGCAGCCAAUGCACUGAUGGAUCCCACUGGGAUGCUGAGGUCUCUGAUGCGGCAGGGACAGUACUUCUGCCACGAGUGCGGGAAGAGUUUCAGUCAGCCCAGCCACCUGCGUACUCAUAUGAGAUCCCACACAGUUGGGUAUGAUUUUAACGGACUCCACAGAGGUACUGACGCUCACACCACCGCUUCUGAAGCUCCCAAACAAGGGAGAGGCCAUUCUGCUGCCAGCUCUGCCCAUACCGAGCAUCUCAGAAAGGGAACCUAAAGACACACGUCCAAAGUGUCCACCAUUUGCCUUUUGAUAACAGCCAGUACCCCGACACAAGAAGUCUAUUACUGAGCCAAGAGGAGCAAGGAGCGCUGGCUGCCAAACACACACCAACGCCAUCACAACAGCGAGAGUAACCGAUCUGGACUAAGACCCGGCUAGUCAGGGACAACCCAAAAAAAACCCACCAUUCCUAAAAAUAAAAGGACUGGAAGUUGGACCAAAGACUCAUGAUGGACUUUUCGAACCUCUCCUUGCCACCUAUCACCCUUUAAUGAACUUAGACCCAUUUUCUACAAUGAAGUCUCUUGUAGUUUUCUUUCUUUUUUAUUUGAAAUAAGAAGGUGGUUAAAGCUGUGCUAGGCAAUUUUGAAAUCACAAGCGUAAGCAGGGAAGAGUGUCUUAUCUACCAACAAAAAAUUAUUCUGCUGUUAGAAAUUGGAAAGAAAUUAAAGUAUCCUCACCAGAAAUCGAUAUGUUGCUUCUUCAGAUUGACAACAUUUAGCAGGUUGUGUGUAGUGUACAUCACCUUUAUUGAACUCUGAAUAUAGAACUCCCUAAAAAUAUCUCUUGCCGUCAUUCAGAGGUACAAACCGAUGUCAACCUGUGCAGCUUUACAAGAAAAGCAAAGUUAAAACAAAGCGGAGAAACUGAACUUGAAUGCAACUGCUAGCUUUUAGAAUCAAGGACUAUGGCAUUGCAUGGCUGCUGUAGUUAUCGUUCCUUUUCUUUGUUUUAGCUUUAUUGUAGAAGAGUGUGUGCAUUCCUCAGGACACCAAUCACCAGAGUUGAGAGAGAAAAAACGCUUCGCAAUUGAUCUACAGUCAAUUGACGCAUUGCAAGUUCUUUUUUCCUCUGGGUUUAUGAAGAUUUACACUUGCAUCUGUCUGUGUGUAUGUGUGCCUGUGUGUUAAACUCACUUCCCUCCACUCCAAAGUGUAAUGUUAGCAGUGCAGUGACCACUCUAAGGAUGUGUAGCUGAUGAUUAGAAGGAGAGAGAGGUAGGAUUAAAGACAGAAAGAAAACGCUAAUGGGGGUGUCUGCUUUAGUGCUCAUUAAAAAGAGUGUGCGUUUUUAAUAGCCAAUAUAAAUGAGCGUACCAUUUUUUAUUGCCGUUCAAUUAUUGUCCAUUAUAGAGGAAGGGACUGAGUGGAGGCAGUUUCCCUCCAUAACUCCAUCAAAUUAAGGAGUGUUUCCGGCACUUCUGACUUUGAGUUAGACCGACUACAAAACAGUAGGGAUGACAGGAAGAUAAACUAUUCAUUUGUGCUAUUACAAAAGAGAAUAUGGUACUAUUAAGUGUUAGCUCGUGAAGAUGUAUCUUCAUUUCAUACUGCUAAAGGGUAACACAGACUUUUUGGCCUUAAAGCUUUGGUACCAAAAGCAAGCCAGUCUCUCUGGUUGAAAGCCUGUGGCACAGAGUUUUUAGUACCAACGUUACCUAAGGGGCAACAAGCUAUUUAAAGGAAUAUUUCACCCUCAUUAUUACCAUUUGUAGAUCAGUUAAUCAGCCUGUGUUAUCUUGAAAACUUGAAGAGAUUUUAUUUUUUCCUCUCAUGCCUCCAUAAGUUAUUUAUUUACAAAUGCCAGUUUUGCCCAUAUUGGGAAUAAUGUAUUCCUUUGAUUGGAUAGGAGAAUAUCAAAAACGUUUUUUCUUCUACACAAAGUAAAAGUUUAUUUUUGUGUUACUAUUGUAUAAAGUGAAACGUUUUACCGUUAGACCAGGCGUCUAAACAUGACUCAAAUGAAACUAUUUCAGAAGCAAAAUUCAUUGCCAGGCUAGCUGUGGUAAUGAUCUUAUCAUCUAAAUCUUUAUCCCAAAUAUCCAAAACUAUUCCUUUUUAAACUUGAAGCAACCAGAGAGCAGAGCUUAUUUUGCUACCAAACAUUUAAGCAGACUAAACGAAUCAAACUCUCAUACUGUUGGCCUCUUUGAGGGUAGAUUUGCAUUCUAGCAAGAAAAGAGUGAUGAGGUCAGAGAAAAGAGGGAGAGAGCAGCCAGAAGUUAGGAGGUCAGGCUUCCAGAGAGUUCAGCUGUGCAUACAGGAGUUGGAGACUUUUUGAAGUAUAUUGAAUUUAAGAGCCGUCACAGCCUUAACACUGGUGGGUGUGAAUUAUUGUGUGUGUAUGUGCAUUCUAAAUCCUCUCUGUACUGUACAGGAGGUUGACUUGCCACUUUUGUGUACUCCAGCCUUCCUCUAGAUGCUUUUAUACUAGCCUACCUCCUCUGCAAUGAAAGUGUUUUUAGUUAUUGGCUGGUGGAGUAGGAGGAGAUGCUCUCUUUGUGUCCUGGGCUUGUUUUUUUUUCUCUUCAACAGCCUCCACAUCUUGCAAAAAGCCAUGCAUUGACCAUAGAAUGUAUAAAAUAAGUGUAUUUAGCCACCAUGAAGUCACCCCGUUCAAGGUUGAAACUUUGGGUUUGAAAUGUAUGCCAUGUCAUCCCUUUCUUUUUUGGAUCCGGAAGUGACUAAAUGUAGGUAGCCAAGCCCUAAUGAGUACCCUGCUUUAUCUUCUAUUUUACUUUAAAUGGGAACGUUAGAAACAUAAAAUAAUUAGAGUUAGGGGUGUAAGGGUUUACUGGGGUAAAAAAAUCAAUUGAGAAGUAGGGUCAUUUUCUCAUAGACUUCUAUACAGUUUGACCUCUUUUUGCAGCCGGUGGUUUCUCCCCCUGAUGGUAUUUACAAAUAGUGCAGGUUUAGGCACUUCUGCAUUUGCUUCAUUUUCCAGACCCUAAGGCUAUGUCCACUUCUUUUUAAACAGUCUAUGGUCUUGCCACGAUGGGGAAAAGAGAUGAAAGCGAGAAAGUUGAAAGCAAAAUUACACAGCAAGAGUUGAAAUGUGGAGACAUUUUGUACGCAUAAGAUCAAAAAUCAAAGCAGUUAAAAGAAUACGGAACAUAAAGAGUACUAUACUUCCAAUCUAUUUGAAGACCUCAGCAGUUUUUCCCUAAUGAUGAAAUGGUUGCUAUACCAGUGGGUUGUGUGCUUACAGCGUUGUGUGCUUGACUAUGCCUAAUCAUACACAAAUGUGUGUAUUGAAGGUGUGGGUAGUGAAAAUACUUGAAACGGAUACUCUAGCCUUCGAGGUAGUGUAGUACUAAUACCAAUGUUGUACAGAAUUCCCUUUAAGAUUAACUCCUCAGUGAUGAAUUUGUACUCCGAAGUGUGACUUAGAAAAACGUUGAAGCAGGAGUGAGUGUAUGUAAAAUAAAACUGUAUAUAAGUAAUCCACUCUUACCAAACCCUUAUAUACAGCGGUAGAAACCAAAUGGCAUUACUAGUGCACUUAGACUAGGUUACUGCUUUAACCAUUCUCAUUUUGUCCAAUACUAGCUAAGGUUUCUUUGAGAAUGUCUUUUUAAUGGUGCCGGCUAACACACUGCAAUGUCACUUGGGGUUUAGAGGCUUUUUGUUAGGAUGAUUCCAUAGAUUUCUAUUGACAAAUGAUUUGUUUUGUGACAGCUGUGUGGCACUGCUUGGAUAAUUGGAUAAUUCUAGGUGCAGCAGUGGUUAUUUUUUUCAUAAUAAAGAUGUAAGAGUGUGUUUUUAGUAUUUCUCUUUGCUAAACUGUAGGAUUUGUUCAGUAGCUAGCCAUGGGUGCCCUCCCACAGGGGCUGGCAUGUGUUGUCCUUUAUUCUUUGGUUGGGUUUUUAUCGUGCCUCUUAAGUUGUAUUAUUUGUGUCCGUAUUGCUUUUUUAAUUAUUAUUUGUUAUGAACUUCAUGAUUAAUUUACCUUAGAAGAAAUUAUUAUUCCAAAUGUGUUUGGUUGAUAUCUGUAUUUAUUAUCACUUCAAACAGGUUUAGAGGACAGAGGCAGACAGGAGCGUUUGUUGAAUUUGAUAAAACAAUUUUCCUGGGUUGUUUUUUUGUUUUUAUACCGUGUAGUUUUCAUGCCAGCAAGCCGAUGUGAAAGCUCUACCUCGUCUGAGCCAUUCUCAGUUCUGUUACACUUUUGUACAUCAUUUCAAAAAGAUGUAAUGUCAUGUCCACAAUAAAAGACACACAAAAUGGCA